AUUUAGCGGAUAGAGUUCCUCAUCAUCACAUACACAAAACACAAGUUCAACAUGGCUUCCAAGUCAAUGCUUCUUGUUGCCUUACUUGUCGGUUCUCUAGCUUUCACUUCAUUUGCUAGUGUCCCUAACAGGAAGCUUAAGAGUGGUCUCGAGGAUCAAAAGACGUUCUUCCACCAUCCAGGCGGGGGUCUUGGUGGAGGCGGUGGUCUUGGAGGAGGCGGUGGCCUUGGAGGAGGAGGCGGCCUUGGAGGAGGAGGCGGCCUCGGUGGAGGAGGUGGUCUUGGCGGAGGAGGCGGCCUUGGUGGAGGAGCUGGAGGCGGCGGUGGUUUAGGCGGAGGAGCUGGAGGCGGCGGUGGUUUAGGUGGAGGAGCAGGUGGUGGAGCAGGAGGAGGAUUUGGUGGAGGAGCUGGAGGUGGUGCUGGUGGAGGUGCUGGUGGUGGAUUUGGAGGUGGAGCUGGUGGUGGAGGUGGACUCGGAGGAGGAGCUGGAGGUGGAGGUGGAGCUGGUGGUGGAUUUGGAGGAGGAGCUGGAGGUGGAGCUGGAGCUGGUGGUGGAUUUGGAGGAGGAGCAGGUGGUGGAUUCGGUGGUGGAGCAGGUGCUGGUGGUGGUUACCGAGCCAGUGGACUUCCUUGAUGAGAUCUAUAUGUUUAACGUAAAAGCAUGGAAUGCAUGGCAACACAAGCGUAUUAUGAAAAAACAUAAAAUAUAACUUCACCUAAAUUAUGUCAUUCAUUCCAUCAUUUUGUGUCAUUACGUUGUCAUUAUUAUCGGUCUCUUAAGAAAUAAACGAUUAGUUAAAAAUAA